UCUCCUACCCAUCCUUUCCCUUAGGAAAAAAAUAAAACUCCUUUCGUUUAAAUUUAAGUUCUUUUGACCUUUGAGAGUUCAGACGUACCGAACACAGUCAUUGGACGUUACUUGUCCAAGGCCAGACGAAGCCUAUCUGACCCCAAAUAUAUGAAAAUAGCCUCCGCCGUGAUCAACACCAGAUUAACACGACACUUUGACAGCUAUUCUUGACUGCAAACAUGGCCAUUACAGCAACAGCAUUUUCAGUGGCAGUAGUAGCUAUAGCUGUAUUUUGUGUGAUAAAGUUGAUGCUGGCAAUGAAGGAAUACAGAAAGCUCUGCUACCGUGUCAGCCAGUUCCCCCAGGAUCCUCCUCAUCUUAUCUGGGGUCACUUGUUUCAGUAUCCAGGGCCAGAUGAGAAAGGACUUAGAUACCAGCGUGAAAUGGUGGGAAAGUACCCUCGAGUUUCUGCAGGAUGGAUGGGUCCAUUUGUACCCAUGAUUAUGGUGUCUCAUCCAGAUACAGUCAAACUUAUCCUCAAAACCUCGGAGCCAAAGGGUCAGCGCAUAUACCAUCUAAUAGAACCAUGGAUUGGUGAUGGCUUGCUGCUAAGUAAAGGUAAAAAAUGGGCGCGCAACCGUCGCCUACUAACACCAGCUUUCCACUUCGAUAUCCUCAAGCCUUACCUUGGCAUCAAGAACAAAGCAGCUGAUGUAUUGCUGGCAAGAAUGGCAGAUCAUGCCAAGAAGGAUGAGUACUUUGAGGUCUUCUCAAUCAUCAGUAAAUUUACUCUUGAUGUCAUUCUCAAGUGUGCAUUUUCCUAUGACACAGACUGCCAAAGAGGAGGAGAUCAGCAUCCCUAUGUUCAGGCUGUGUACUCACUCUCAGAAAUGGCUCUGAAAAGAUUUUUUCAGCCGUGGUUUCACUCAGAUUGGAUCUAUUUUUUGACACCCGCUGGACGCAAGUUCCUUAAGAACUGUUAUCUAGUACACAAGGUGGCUGAAGAAGUUAUCAGCAAACGCAGAGAAGCCCUAACUGAUUCAUCUGUAAGAGAACAAGUCGCCAAGAAGAAAAGAUGUCUAGAUUUUCUGGACAUUCUGUUGACAGCCAGAGAUGAGAAUGGAGAGGGUCUCAAGUCCGAUGAAAUAAGAGCUGAGGUGGACACAUUCCUUUUUGAAGGCCAUGAUACAACGGCUAGUGCAAUUUCAUGGACAAUGUAUUCUUUGGCUCAACAUCCUGAUAUACAGGCCACUUGUCAUGAAGAGAUUGAUGAGCUGCUCAGAUUUCGAGAAACAGAUGAUAUUCUUUGGGAAGAUUUGUCUCAUCUCCCAUACCUCUCCAUGUGCAUCAAAGAAGCUCUCCGCCUUCACUCCCCUGUCCCCUUCAUUCAGCGACAGCUCACUCAAGACACAGAUCUUGAUGGCUUUCUUGCUCCAAAGGGAAUGCUUGUCAACAUCAUCGUUUACAACAUCCAUCACAACCCCACAGUCUGGGAGGACAGUUUGGAAUUUCGCCCAGAGAGAUUCACUGAAGAGAAUAUCAAUGCCCGCAGUCCUUAUGCUUUUAUUCCUUUUUCAGCUGGGCCAAGGAACUGUAUUGGCCAAAACUUUGCCAUGGAUGAGAUGAAACUUGUUCUUGCAAAGAUGUUGUACAGAUUUACCUUGGUGCUUGAUCCUGGCCAUAAAGUUGAGAAGCUUGAAUCUCUCGUGAUGAAAGCUAAAACAGGCAUACAAAUGAAAGUCAUUCCUCGAAAGCCUGCAUGAACUGUGAAAACCACCAGGAAAUAAAAAAGCUGGUCUACACUAACAAUUUUUACUUUGUGAUGUAACCAGCAUUAUUGUUUGACAUACAGAUCAUACCCCUUUCAAAUAUUUUUGUGCAGCAAGUAACCCUGAAUUUGUGUGAGCUCAAUAGAAAGUUAAAUAAAAGGUUACAGACCAUUAAAAAUAGGCUUUAAAAUAUUUAUAGUGUAACUGUUAACAGGGGUAUAGGGGAAAAAGAACAGCUGAGAAAGGAAGCAAAAAUAUUUUGUUCUGUAUUAUUUUAAUAGAAAAGAGGAGGAACAUAUGUUUUGCCUUCAUUGAGAUUAGGGUUUUUGAAAUUUCUUUAACUCAGUAUAUUUAUAAUCAAACAGCUGUCAACUCUGGUUUAACAUUUUGCACCUUCUGUAGUUCAAGAGGACCACAGUCCUCAAUAAUCUGGUUCUUUAAAUGAAAGACAUGCCCAACUAUCUCCUAUGCAAGCGUGUGUACUUUAUUAAUCCGCAAGGGCAACAGACCAUUAUUUCUCCUGAACCCACACAUUCAGAGUAUAGCUACAACAUUAGCAUGAAAUAAAUGAACUGAUGACCUGCACAAGUCAUUUCCACACAGAAGAUAACUGGGACAGAAUAGGGCUAAGAGCCAACAAUGUCCUUUGCAUAAAGUUUUUACUUGUAAGUUUGUUUUCAGUUGCGGUGGUUUUUGUCUUUUUAUAGUAGAAGACAACAUGACCAACAGCUGCAGCACUUUUUUCAUAAGAAAGUUGUUUUUGUUUGAGGUUUCAUUUUUGAAGAUGAUUUUAAAAUGUUGUAUCUAGUCUUAAUGUGCCAUGACAGUUUAUUUACAAGUGAUACAUAUUUUAAAAUCACACUUUGAAUCAUCAGUUAAAUUGUUAAUUAAAUUGUUCAAUGAUUUUGUUAAAUUGUUUAAUACAGAUUUAUAUUCAUAUAUUGAAAAUAUAUGCAUAUAUUUACAACUAUUUUAGCAUAUGCAAUAGUUUUUGUGUCCAAUAAAAAAAUUGAUUUUAUCUUUUUGCAUUUCUAUGCUUGCCAGAAGUUAAUGCAAAGUGGUCAGCGCUUUUUGCAUUCUUACAGCAUCUUUUAAAUGAAACAAUGAUUGGUUCUUUUAUGAAAA